GAGAGCAGUGCCUGUGUCUCUGGAUCUCAAGCUCUUCUCAUAGAGGGAGGGACAGAGCAGAGAGCAGACACCAUGGAGUCCCCCUCAGCCCCUAGAGGGUGCAUCCCCUGGCGGAGGCUCCUGCUGACUGCCUCACUCUUAACCUUCUGGAGCCUGCCCACCACUGCCCAGCUCACUAUUGAAUCAGUGCCACCCAAUGCUACCGAAGGGAAGGAUGUGCUUCUCCGUGUCCACAAUCUGCCUGGAGUUGUAAAGACCUGUAUCUGGUACAAAGGGGAAAAAAUUGUCAGCGACCUUCAAAUUGUAUCAUAUGCAGCAGACACUCAAGCAAUUAAACGUUGGCCUGCAAGCAGCAGUCGACAGACAAUGUACCCCAAUGGAUCCCUGCUGUUCCAGAAAGUCACCCUGCAGGACAGUGGAUACUACACCCUACAAGCCAUAGACAAAGAUUUUCAGAGCAUACAAGUAACUGGACAGCUCCGUGUUUACCAGCCCGUGGGAAAGCCCUCCAUCCGAGCCAGCAAUGCCAGAGUCACAGAGCAUAAGGACGCCGUGGUCCUGACCUGCCUCACAAAUGACAAGGGCAUCUCCAUCCGGUGGCUCUUCAAGAACCAGAUUCUACCUCACAAGGACAGGAUGAAGCUGUCCCAGGGCAACAGCACCCUCACCAUAAACCCCGUCAGGAGGGAGGACGCUGGGGGUCAUCAGUGUGAGGUCUUCAACCCCGUCAGUUCCAGCAAAAGUGACCCCUGCAGGCUGGAUGUACAAUAUGAUCCAACACUACCAAGUCCUGGCCUCUCAGCCUGGGCUAUUGUCGGCAUCGUGGUUGGCGUCCUGGUUUGUGGAGCUCUGAUAGUAGUCCUGGUGUACUUCCUGAUUUUCAUAAAGACUGGAUGAUCCAUGAAGUUACAUAUUCCUUGCUGAACUUCAGUGGCCAAGAAUCAAAGAAACCAACGUCAGCCUCCCCAUCCCCAACAGCCACAGAACCAGUUUAUUCGGAAAUAAAAAAGAAGUAAUGCAACCAGCCCUGCUCACCACACUACUGCCUGGUUCCAAGUCUCAUCCCAUCACUAGGAGACCCCGUUGCCCUCAGGGAAAAGGAGAGGAUGCGACCACAACCCUGGAAGAGCACACCUGGAAAGCUCUUUCUCUCC